AUGGAUCUUGAAGCUCCGGUGAAGACAUCCAUUCAAGUGGAGGAUAUAGAUCAAAAGAUAUGUUAUAAAGGCCUUCCACAACCGGAGGAGAGGUUUCGAUCAACUGCUCGCCCUCUUUCGGCUUUGCAUUCCAAGAAGUCCCCGGUUCGGACUAAACAAGCUGCUUCGUUGACCCACCUAGGUAGCAAUAAAACCUGGAAUACAAAGGGUGGCCUUCUCAAAGUGAUUGAUGACUUCACUAAGGCU